UUGUAAUUAAUUUCGUCCGCCCCUACCGACGACGACGACGACGCGUAUCCCUCGCUAAUCGCCGCGAAAUCGCGGAUAGCGAGGAAUUUUCUUUUCAGGGUGAUUCUCAGAGAGUCGCGAGGCCGGACUGUACAUACUUUUGUACGAUUUCAAUUUUCGUCAAACACCUGUUUAUCCGUUAUUUUACCAAUCACCCGGGUGUACCUUGUUUUUUUCUGAUUCUUAAUACGAUGACUGUUGGUCAAUUUCUUCGUGAAACCGAUACGACUUCGCGCGCAUCGGUCGAAAAGGUAGACCGUACGGUGUACUAAGUCGCUUUGGACGAUCGCUGUGACAAAUCACCGUUACCAUUAUAAUUUGUGGUGUUUAACGGCGAGAGCAGACGGUGUGAGGAAAAACAAUUUUUUUAAACAAAUAAUUUAUACGUAAAAUGUAGCCACGUUCAGUUUAUGUACCGGUCUUCUCUUGUAACACAUAGUUUAUGCGUGAGCUGCAAUGUUCAUCAUCGACGCCCGUCGAGGGAUGUAUAAAACGGAAAAGUGCGAGUGCAGGAUAGACGAAAAUUCGAAAGAGUCCGAUUGGAGGUAUACAAUAUAACUCUAGUGAUAAAAGAUGAGUCGUGGAGGUUGAGAAUUUCACCACUUUUUUUUUUUUUUUGUUUUUUAAAGAAAAAUACAAAGUGCCUAAAGUUCGAGAUAGAUAAGUGCCGCGUGGAGUGUUAUGUUAUAAAUCUUCUUAUCUCCCGUGGCUGGUUGCCUUAGUGAAAAUGACGGGCGUUUCGUUGGAUUGAUGAUAAAACGACUAUAUCCACGGAGACGGGACGCGGAGCUUGUUGUGGAUUAGACGUUUCACAUUUCAAAGGGUUGAAAAGGGGACGGAGACACUUUGCGAUCGGCGAAGAAUUCGGAGAUAAAAAUUGGCUGGAGAGGAGUAAAAAUCGUCGCGUGCUGUCCGAUAUUCACCACCUAGUCGCACAUCGCGUACUGGAAAACGGUGCGAAAGCUCGGACUAGAGGAGAGAGGAAGACGAGGGAGAAAGAAUAAUAACAACAAUAAUAAGAAUACGAGAAAAGGAGGAGAGACGUAGAGCGUACCUACGCAGAACGCAGCCAGAGAUACGACGAGAGACUCGCGGUCGGGAUGGCGCAACGGAUGCUGCGCUGAGUCUGGAUCUCUUCUGCCGUUGCCGCUUGAUGCUGCUGCUCGCCGAUGCUGAUGCUGAUGCUGCUGCUGCUGCUGCUGCUGGUGUUGGUCGUCGUCGCAUCGCCGAACCCGCGGCAAGCCGGCGUUCGUCGUUCAGUAGUUUCCCGGACGUCGUACCGGCAUCAUCCGAACUGCUACAGAUUCGAGACACGAGCAGUGCCAACCCGACCACCGGGACACACCGCGACUCGCUCUUAUCGCGCCGAAUGAAAUAAUUCUGAUUGCUUGCGCACGUUGUUUUUCGUUUCUUAGUUUUCUUUAAUUUUUAUUUUUUCGUUUCGGUUUAAUUGUUUUGUCGUCAUCGUAAACUUUUUUAUGUUGCUUUUUUUUUUUGUCACUUACGACAUUCAUCAAAUUUUCGCCUCCUAUACACUCAAGUAUAACGUAUACCGAGAUAAUAUUUUCGCAGAUUUAUAGAUUUAAAUUUUGUCGAUAAUUUUUUACUUGUGGCGGGACGUGCUGCAAUAUAUGAGGUGACAGGGAUCUCAAAAGGCACCGACUUGUUCACCCGAUUUAAUAAUAAUAUUAAUAAUAAUAACUGUGCGAAUACAUAUAAACAAAAGUUUGGUUCAAUUUUUUUUUUUCUUCGAUUUCUUGUUUUAUCGGUGUGUAAAUCAACGUCAUGAAAAUAUCAAGAUUCAAGAGAAGAAAAGUUUGAUGCACGCGUACGAAUGAAGAAAAGAAGAAAAAUGUUCGGACAGUGAAAUUACGUAAUUUCGUUACAAUUUGUUCACACAACUGAUAGAAUAUCGCUCGAAGGUGCAACGUUACUUCGAAGAUUCGUCAAUUAAUAAUUGGAUAACAAUUCCGGAGAUAUCGAUAAAAAUUAAAAUUAAAAGAACAAAUUAACAAAGAUUAUCGUGAUAUUGUACGAUAAAAGGAUAUAAACGAAUAACGAACAAUAAUCCGAGAGUAUAUAUAUAUAUAUAUAUAUAUAUAUACAUAUAAAUAAAUUGAAAAGUAACAAAUGAAUAAAUAAAUACAGUGAACGAAACACGAAUCCGGCACAGUGACAACGAUACUACGCGAGAGAGAAGAAGAGAGGUAGAACAUAGUAGCGAGGAUAAAAAAGGUGGAUCGAGGAUUAAGUGACGGAGGUUAGCGAGACAAAUGCGACCGCGUAAGCCGAUACCCUGGUUCCCAAUAUUCGCGAACAAGCCUUUCUGAAUCGAAUAAUCAGCGGAUCGGUUGCAUCGGGAUCGCGAUCAUCGGCACACUCGGCUGCCCGUUAUCGGCUCGAACGAUGAUGCCCUCGGAGUUCCGGAGGAUCAAUAUUGCCAGGACGAUACUCGAAAGCGACGCGACGUCGUCGUCGACGAUCGUUCCCUAGACCGAUGGCUCGGCUAAAGUAAGCGAAUCGACCGAAGUGAAAAAAUCUUGGAAGCCUAUCUCGCUGACGGAUAAGUAAAAACAACUGUGAAGCAUUACAAGGGAGAGAAAAAGUCCGGCGGCUAUUCGGCCCCGGCGCGGGAGGGCAGAGCAGGCCUCAUCAUCGUCAAUGAGACCGUCAUGCUGGCCUUGACCUACCCGGACGGGUCCAGGGUUCAGCGCUGCGACAACCUCCCCGAAAGACCGGGAUCACCGGGACGCGUUUCGGCCCCGCGCCGCCGCGCGGAAGAGCACCGAUUACUCACCUGGAGUUCGUACAACGCCUCGAGGCGACGUCGCACCUCCACCACCCCCGGGGAUGACGGAGAUCGGAAGGAGAGGCGUGACCCCCGCCUACCCGAGGCCGAGACGACCACCCUACCGUCCGACGAUCACCCCUCGACGACGCCGACGGGGGACCGCGAUCGCGAUUCCACGCGAUCGUCAACCUCAACGAAAUCUAGUCAUCCUGACGAUCCAGCAGCCGCUGAUCCGCGCCGGCUUUCCCCGCCGGUCCGGAACAUCCAGACGAGGCGAUCGUCCUCCUGGUCCGGAGCCGGACCCCGCGCCAAGGAUCCGUGCCUCCUCCAGGUACUCCUGAUCCUCGUGCUACUCGUGAUCGGGUGCAACAGACACUGUGGACCCUUCGGGUCGAAGGUUAAUCGCACCGCUUUUGGCGCCCUUGCGAUCGGCUAUGUAAUCGCUGACGCCGGAUGCGCACCCGUCGACAUACUCACCGACGCCGGUGUCAGGUCGGAGAGGUCGGCUAAUUUGUCACACAUCACCGGAACCUCGCGCAAGAUACGGAUGUACGUCAAGAACCGGUACCUUCAGAUACUUCCGGACGGCACGGUCAACGGAUCCGACGACGACGCGUCCGAUUACACCAUACUUCAGAGGGCGUCGGUCGCCAAGGGACUCCUUAGAAUUCAGGGAGUCGCCACGUGCUUGUUUCUCUGCAUGGACUCCUGCGGCAUUCUCUAUGGAUCGCGCGACUACACGGAGGACUGUGUAUUCAACGAGACCCUGGAGCAUCACAACUACAACACGUACAGCUCGGUGCGUUGGUCGACGGCUCGCAAGACUCUCUACCUCGGUAUGAAGCAGGACGGGCAGCCGCGGAAGGUCCAGACAAAGGGGCACGAUUCGCUGGGUCGUCUUUCGAUGUACGCCAAGGUUCUGACGUCAGCGGUACCGCAGGACCGGGUCGAGGCUUUGCAGUCGCGUUUGCUCGGCGCUCGCCACAGCGUGCGGCAUCAUCAUCGCGGCAGGCAAAAAUCCAUCUGCCCUGUGUCGAACGUCCCUCAGGAACGCGACGGACGGGACAAGUUCCGGUGCCGUAAAAGAAAGAAGCGGAAGAAGCGUCGACGACGUUGUCGGGCCGGCGAGUCGCCCUUGACCGACAAUUGCGACGCCCGGGAACCCGGCGUCGAAACACAGUCGAAACGAUCCUGCGAGGGCGCCGCCGUCGAGGAGGCUUGCAGGCGAGAGGCGCUCGAGGCUCCCUCGAAGAAACGGAAGUCGCGGAUGGGGGAGCAAAUCGGGCCGAAAAAACCGAGGCGCAAAAAGAACGCGGGACCGUCUAUGGGCCCGAAGAGAAACGGCGGGAUUUACGGUAGGCGGAAGCCCGCCUCGAGGACUACCCGGACUCUGGGAUCCUCCCCGGCGAUGACGUCGCCGUUGUCCCGGCUCAGGCUCGCACCCUCGACCGAGUCCUCGGCCGAAAUUCUCCGACCACCGAAACCCGCGGCAGCCUCCCUUUCCGCCGUUUCCGUUGCCGCUACCAGCCUCGCCUCGACCCUGACGCUCACCCUGACCUCCACCACCGCCACAGCCCUCGGAAUAGCCGGCGUCGAUGACGCGAUCAAGUCGGAGGAGAUCGGGGACUCGGAUUAUAUCAAGACCGAGACCCUCGUCGACGGGAACGGGUUCGAGGACGAGGAUGCGGAGGACGAGGAGCGCGAGGAUGACGAGGAGAAACACGGGAGGGGGGACGUUUUUGAAAAAACGGAAUCGGAGAGUACCGAGAGACUGGCGAUGUGAGAUAUUUUCAGACUGCUGCUCCUUGUUCUUUUUUUCACUCUCUCUCUCUCUCUCUCUCUCUCUCUUUUAUUCGAGACUAUUGGAUAAUUAGGUAUACCGUACUGCGAUAUGUCGUUUCUUUCGUCGAUUACCUUUAUUUUCUUUUUUCUUCCUUCUUUCAUUCGAUCGUUUUUUAUAAGAUGGUGAUGUAUCGUUAGGUAUCAUUACUCUAUAUAAUGUAUCUACAUGGUAUUUUUGCAAAUGUCGCCAAAACGUGUUAUACACGUUUUCGUCCUGUAUCCCCAGUGCGAUUUAACUAUAAAUAUAUCGUUGCGCGAUGAUCAUCGAUGCGUAACGUGUGGGUACGUAUUUAUAAUAUCUUUAUAUUGUACGAUAUGAUACUUAUUUUAUAUAUAUAUAUAUAUAUAUAUAUAUAUAUAUAUAUAUAUUUGUGACGAAGCUCUUUAUACCUGGAUCAUCAUGAUAAUAGUAAUAAUUAUACGACGAAUUGUAACGGUCAAGGAAAGAAAGAAGAAGAAAAAAAAAAAAGAUCUUACAAUAAUAAGAAACCAGUGUCGAAACAUGCGGUAAUAAAUUAUAAAAAGCGUAUCAGAUUACGAUUUGAGUAUUGAUAUACGAUCUAUAUUUUUUGUGUUCUUUUUUUUUUCUAUUUUUCUUUUUCUUUUUUUUUUUUUCUAUCCGAUAAACGGCUCUCAAGUCGGUGAGAGAGAGAUGCAAGUGCGCUUCGCAGAGACAAUAAUGCCAAAACGAAUCUAUAGUGAUAUGAUCAUUUUCAUUAUUCAUCCAAGAUUUCAACACUCACAUUUAUUGUAAUACACACUUACACAUAUUAUAUAUUUAACACGAUCGCGCCUACGUUACGGUCUCUUUACAAUUCGUCCGAUCCGUUAUCUUUACCUCUGUAUUAAUGAAAUUGCAGUAUACGCGAGCUGGAAUUUGUUUUUAGCCGCGAAAGUGAUGAUGAAAAAUUGUCGAUGAAAAUGUCGAAGGGGGAAAAUUUUACUCGGUCUAUCGUUGCGUUGUUAUUGUAAUAUGAUUGUUUUCUGAUUUUUGAAACGAUCCUAACGUACGGUGCGUCAUAAUUAAUUAUACAAUGUACAUUUGAAAACGACAAUAUUCACGCAUACGUAUACAUACCUAUUCAUUCGCCAUAAAGUAUGUCUAGUGUAAUAAUAAAUAAUAAUAUUAAUAAUAAUAAUAAUAACAACAACAACAACAACAACAACAACGUUUUAGUAAACGGCUAGAAGAAUAAUUAAUUAAAAAAAAAAACAAAAAAAUAAACGAAUAAAUAACAAGUCGAGAAACAAAUUCUAAUUGCGAAAUAUCGACGAUGUAGCGGUAAGAAUAGAAACAGAAAGAAAAAUGAAGAAAAAAAACAAAAAAAAAAAAAAAAAGAACCACUGCCUAUUUAUUUGUCUGUUUUUUAGUCUGUCUUAUAACGUAAAUAAUACUAUUAUAAUUGUAUAAUGUACGGUUAAACGACGAGUUGAUAUAUACGUGAAUUGUAUAAUCAUCAUCGUGCAUAAAAAAUUGCGGAAACGAAUUCUUCGCUUUUCUGCACACCUACCUAUCUAUAUCAUUAUAUUAUUGUAAUGAUGAAAUUUGUCGAUUAGGAGGAGAAACGAAUAGUUGAGUAAAUCGAUUGAAUAUUUAAUAAAUGAACUAUCAAUUAAAAGAACGAAGUAUUUCCAUUAGUUUCUAGUUUAGGGAUACGUAGUAUGAGAAACGAAACGAUAGAAGAAAAAGAAGAGAAAACAAUUUGGAAAUAAUAAAAAAAUAAAUUAGAAAAAAAAAAAAAAAAACUCAAACCUGUCAUUUCAACAAUCCACGUCGCUUCGGCGAAUUAGGUAUAUCAUACGAAACAGAUCGGGCCUCUUUUCAAACUUGAACAGAUUUUUAUCGUCUUUGUAUCGUAUACUUUUGUGCAGAGGCAAAAAAAGAUGGCCAAACAAGAUUAAAAAAAAAAAAACCAAAAAAUCAACGACUCACACGAAUUACAGAACUUUAUCUCUUGGUAUAAAUAUUGAA